AGAAACACACAGAGUGAAAAACAGACGAUCAGAUUCACCUUCAGACCAAACUGACAACUUCCUCUGAGUGAGUUCAGCUACAGGAGAGAAAAGUGGAAAACUACAACACUGCUGACGCUCCACACACUGAAGCUUCAGAGACAAAAUGGCUUCCAGAUCAGAGGAGGAUCUCUGCUGUCCGGUCUGUCAGGAGGUCUUCAGAGAUCCUGUUGUUCUGUCAUGUAGCCACAGCUUCUGUAAAGUCUGUCUGAAGAGCUGGUGGAGACAGAAACAAGCACCUGAGUGUCCAGUUUGUAAGAGAAGAUCUUCAAAGGAAGAACCACCUCGUAACCUGGUGUUAAAGAACCUGUGUGAGGCCUUCUUACAGGAGAGAGAUCAGAGAGCUUCAGAGGCUCUCUGCAGUCUGCACUCUGAGAAACUCAAACUCUUCUGUCUGGACCAUCAGCAGCCAGUGUGUGUCGUCUGCAGAGAUUCAGAAAAACACAGCAACCACAGAUUCAGACCCGUCGAUGAAGCUGCACGACAACACAAGAAGGAACUUCAGGAAACUCUGGAGCCCUUAAAGGAGAAGUUAAAGGUUUGUGAACGAGUUAAAGUGAAGUUUGAUCAAACAGCAGAACACAUGAAGGUCCAGGCCCGACACACAGAGAGG